AUGAACGGUCAGGAACUCUUCGACGUGGCAGCUCGGGCAGGACACGUAGUGAUCGCCUUCUGUCAGUAUCGCAUUUUCGACAGGCUCCGCGAAUACCCCUUCUCGCUCGCACUUGGUAGUGACGAUGAUAUACAAAGGCAACCCGAGAACUUGAAGGAUGGCCCCGAGCCCGACGAACAGUGCGCCAACCAGAUGUGGCAUUUAUUGCAGAAUGGGUGCAGCAUGUCUCGUCUGCUCCGUGUAGUGAAGGCUUUGCAGGGCUUGGAGUGGGCGACCGUGACAGCAGAGCAGCUGCGCACUUCUGCAGCGCAGCUCAUACGCCGACAUCCCGAAUACGGUUGUGAAACUCUGGUGGCCAGGAGCUCCGUAAACACAUGGGACAAACUGUUGCCGAGGAAAACCGCUGAUGAGAAACGUAUGGAGAAGUUAGGCAAGGGCGUUGAAAAACUUCAGCGGGCAAACCCUUGGAAGAGCGGAGGGCGGCAGUUGUUCUUCCGAGAUCUGAUGGGCGUGGCUCGCCAGAAAACGUGGAACUUCAAACCAGUCGAUGCGCAGUUGCAGGUCAUGGCUAGACGCUCCGAUACAUGGUUUAACAAAACUUCGCGAGUCAGGCGGCGCUACGAGCAGCAGGCCAUGGCUCGCGCCAGCACGAAACAGCAGGAAAUCUCUGAGGGGAUCGAGCACCUGCAGGCGGCUUUACGUCAGCACAGGAGUCGGAUGUUGGAGGAGGCGGCGGCAAGCAAACCAGUGCACAUGAGUGGAUGCCACCUCGCUACGUCGGACUUCGCCUACUUCGAGAUGCUGUGGCAGUCGGAACAUUUCACGGCGGAGAGAUGCACCCAGCGUCUGAGGCAGUACAUGGUGGCACCGAAUCCUCCGGCCAGAGAAGAGAUCGUGAAUCUUCAAGAACACUUCGUGUUCGCCGCGCAAUCUCCAGUCCAUGUCUCCGUCAGUGAGCUGACCAAGAUUGCUCGGUACCAGUCUGCCGACGUUGUCACGUCGGAGAACUGGGGCAGAUUAGCUAUGGACGAUAAGGGCAAUAUGUUCACGGUAGACUUCAUGUUUAAUCUGAGCGCUCACGACCUUCCGAUCGUGGGCAACGACCAGGUUAGCGUGUUGACAGGCUUGCAUCAUGUCGGAGGUGGUACGUUGGUAAGCUAUGACAAGUGGGUGCCCUUCGACACGUAUGUUGUUGGCCUGCCAGAUCCAGGGCCAAGGGCGCCGUCGAACUCGACGAAAUCUAACAACACGGAGGACUUGAUUCGACUGAUGCCUUGGCUCCAGAAGUGCUGGGACAAGCGUCCAAACCAGCACGCCGACAGCGGCGAGCCCGUGCGUCGUGAGCCGCCAUGGCCAGUCCAGGAGCUCAGCGACGAGGCCAUCGAGGAGGUCUUCGCUGAGCUUGAUCGGCGGAGGCAACACCUCGCGGACGAGGAGAUCGGGGUGCUCGGCGACGAGUUCCGCACCAGGAUUCUUGGGGGCGCGUGGACAGCUGCGCACGUCGGCGUCGCAGCAGAUGCGGUUGCUGGCGAGGCUCGUGGCGCCCUAGCCAAGAACUUUUGUAAUAAAUCCAUUCUUCGAAAGAUGGCACGAUUCGAUUACGCCGCGCAUCCAGAGGGCAUUCCUGCCAUUUUAGCGAGAGCAUGGUGCCACAUAAUGCAGUACUUCUACAACCUCGAUGCUGCUCAUGGUGGAGUGCCAGAUUACAGGAUUUCGCCCGCGGACGUGGCAGGAUGCGCAGAGACAGCCGAGUUUACCGAGGCCGUGGUCGACCUCGCAGGACAC